CCCUAGGUACCCUUUCAUUGGUAAACAAUUGUCCUCGAAUUUUCGGAAAAAAAGGCUUCAGCUUUCUCUUUCUCUCUCCUCCUCAGAUCCGGUUAGAGUUCCUACACGGCUCUAACCCUAACUCCAAUCAACACUCUCGAUUUUUCGGUUCGUCUCACUUUCAAUCAUCAUCAAUUUCAAUCAUGGCUGGAGCUGCUCCUGAAGGUUCUCAGUUUGAUCCUCGUCAGUAUGACACCAAAAUGACUGAAAUGCUUUCUGAGGAAGGAAAUGAUUUCUUCACUUCAUAUGAUGAGGUUCAUGAUAGCUUUGAUAAGAUGGGUUUGAAAGAGAACCUCCUCAGAGGAAUCUAUGCUUAUGGUUUUGAGAAACCUUCAGCGAUUCAACAAAGGGGAAUUGUCCCCUUCUGUAAGGGUCUUGAUGUGAUUCAGCAAGCCCAAUCUGGUACUGGAAAGACUGCCACUUUUUGCUCUGGGAUCCUGGAGCAACUGGAUUAUGAAUUAUUGGAAUGCCAAGCUCUUGUGCUUGCUCCUACUAGGGAGCUUGCUCAGCAAAUUGAGAAGGUUAUGAGGGCUCUUGGUGACUAUUUGGGUGUGAAGGUACAUGCUUGUGUUGGUGGAACAAGUGUUCGUGAGGAUCAAAGAAUCCUUGCUGCAGGAGUACAUGUGGUUGUUGGUACCCCUGGUCGUGUCUUUGACAUGUUGCGUAGACAGUCCCUUCGUGCAAAUAACAUCAAGAUGUUUGUUCUGGAUGAGGCUGAUGAAAUGCUUUCUCGAGGUUUCAAAGACCAGAUCUAUGACAUUUUCCAGCAAUUACCCCCUAAGAUCCAGGUGGGAGUUUUCUCUGCUACUAUGCCUCCUGAGGCCCUUGAGAUCACCAGAAAGUUCAUGAACAAGCCUGUGAGGAUUCUUGUGAAGCGAGAUGAGCUCACCCUUGAAGGUAUCAAGCAGUUCUAUGUGAAUGUUGACAAGGAAGAAUGGAAACUCGACACUCUUUGUGAUCUGUAUGAAACCUUGGCAAUCACCCAAAGUGUCAUUUUUGUGAACACCAGGAGGAAAGUUGACUGGUUGACCGACCAAAUGAGAGCUCGUGAUCACACCGUGUCUGCCACACACGGAGACAUGGACCAGAAUACUAGGGACAUAAUUAUGCGUGAAUUUCGCUCUGGUUCAUCUCGUGUCCUCAUUACCACUGAUCUUCUCGCUCGUGGUAUUGAUGUGCAGCAAGUUUCUUUGGUGAUCAAUUAUGAUUUGCCGACUCAACCAGAGAACUAUCUUCACAGGAUUGGACGAAGUGGACGUUUUGGAAGAAAGGGUGUUGCCAUCAAUUUUGUGACCAGCGCUGAUGAUAGAAUGCUCUUUGAUAUCCAGAAAUUCUACAACGUGGUGAUUGAGGAGCUCCCUGCCAAUGUUGCGGAUCUUAUAUGAUAAGUACAAGUUAUCACUUUGUUUGUGUUUUGAGGUAAGAUGUUUUGUCUGCCAGCUUACUAAAGAUUUGGGUAAGUUACUGUGUGUUGUCUUUUCCUUUUUUUCUCUAUUCUGGGAACAUCACUAAAUUGUGUUGUGGAUGCCCCAGGUUAAAAUUUUGUAGGAGCAUAGAGACAAGUUUAAAUUAUACUCUUUAUCGUAUUUGGCUCAAGGAUCGUGUCCUCUGUUGCCCUGUUGCCAUAUAUGCUGAUCGUUCUGGCAUGAUUUUGGUUUUGCUUGUAACUCUGCAUUUCUGCAUGCCCGUGAGCCAAACUAUUGGCAGAUGGAUUGGUUAGGCAUAUUCUUUGGCUAAAAUUAAGAAACCUGACACCUUUUCUACGAGCCUGAAUUGUUAUUAGUUAUUUGUAUCUGGAAGACAAUCUAUUCUUUGACAACACAAUAACGGUACAUUCACUGUACCAUUUACCUUUAUUACGCCAUUUACUUCCA